GAGGUAAGGGAAGGAGACGAUAACCAUAAUCCGACCAUAAAUACUACUACUACUACAAGGGAAGAGGAGUUGAAUUUCCGGCCGGAGGUCUCAGUCAAGCUGGCAAGGCCCAACCCAAACCCAAUCCGGAACCCCAACAAAGCCAUGCGUGCCGCCAUGGCGGCGGCGGCCCUCCGACCCACCGCCGCCACCCUCCGCUUCCUCUUCACCCCACCUCACCAGCGCCGCCGCCUCUUGGUCGAACACCUCCCCUUUGCUCGCCGACGCCGCCACUCCUCCACCGCCACGGCCCCUGCGCUGGAGGACUCCAGCCCCAGCAAUGGCGAAGGCAAGGCCGCCCGCCGCCGCCGCGCCCGCGAAUCCCCCGAGGGCCUCCUCCGUCACCAGCUCGACAUGUGCUCCCGCAACGCCGACCUCACCACCGCGCUCCGCCUCUACGACGACGCCCUCUCCCCGGACACCCCCGUCCCGCUCUCCCUCCACCACUACAACUGCCUGCUCUACCUCUGCUCCAACGCCGCCGCUACCGACACUGACACCGAUAGCUCCACCGCCGCCGCCCAGCGCGGCUUCGACAUCUUCGCCAGGAUGGAGGCCGACGGCGUCCAGCCCAACGAGGCCACCCUCACCAGCGUCGCGCGCCUCGCCGCCGCCACCCGCGACCCCGCCAUGGCCUUCUCCGUCGUCCGCCGCAUGGCCGCUGCGGGCACCCCGCCGCGCCUCCGCUCCUACGGCCCGGCCCUCUUCGCCUACUGCGACGCCAAAGACGCCGACGGCGCCAAGCAGGUCGAGGCCCACAUGGACGCCUCUGGCGUCGUGCCCGAGGAGCCCGAGCUCGCCGCGUUGCUCCGCGUCAAUGCGGACAAGGGCAAGGCCGAUGAGGUUUACAGGCUCCUGCACAGGACGCGCGCCCUCGUCAGGCAGGUCUGCGACACGACCGCCCAGGUCGUCGAGGCCUGGUUCCGGUCGGACGCAGCGUCCCAGGCGGGGGUGGACAAGUGGGAUCCCAGCAAGGUCAAGGAGGGCGUCGUCAAGGGCGGCGGCGGCUGGCAUGGCCAGGGAUGGCUUGGCAAGGGGGCAUGGAGCGUUGGCUGGACCGAGAUGGACAAGGAUGGGACAUGCCAACGCUGUGGGGAGAAGCUUGUCUGCAUAGACAUUGAUCCAUCGGAGACUGACAACUUUGCAAAUUCGCUCACCGAACUUGCCAUCAAGCGUGAGGUCAAGGAAGACUUCCUCGGGUUCCAGAACUGGCUACGUCGCCAUGGACCAUUCGAUGCUGUUAUAGACGCUGCUAAUGUAGGCCUUUACAAUAGUAAAGCUUUCAGUUUUUCACAGGUUAACUCUGUUGUAAAUGCUAUACAGAGAGUAACUAAGUCAAAGAAGUUGCCACUGAUCAUUUUGCAUAGGAACCGUGUAAAUGGUGGUCCUGCAAAGGCUCCAUACAACCAGAAGAUUCUGGAGAGUUGGAGGAAUGCUGGAGCUCUGUAUGCGACCCCUCCUGGUUCCAAUGAUGAUUGGUACUGGUUGUAUGCAGCUGUCAGUUGCCGAUCGUUGCUUGUUACAAAUGAUGAGAUGCGAGACCACUUGUUUCAACUGCUUGGCACUAGUUUUUUCCCUAGGUGGAAAGAGAAACAUCAGGUCAGACUAACUUUCUCCGGGCGUGGCCCUACCCUUCACUUGCCACCUCCCUAUUCAAUUGUUAUUCAGGAAUCUGAAGAUGGAAGCUGGCAUGUACCAACAACAACAGCAAGUGAUGGGAGCCUUAUUUGAUUGAAGUUGCACUUUGGUGGCCUUGGAGGCUUUGCUGUUCUGCCCAGGUGAGGCGCCGUCACACUGAGAUAAAGAGACAUUUAUUUCUGGCGACCGGUGUUUCUAGGCAGCGUGUUUAUUUCUGGCGACCGGGUGUUACCGAUGCGCCAAGGACAUGAAUAAGAAGAGACAUUUAUUUAUAUGGCCCUCAAAAAAAUACCUCUUAUUUAUAUGGUCCUCUUUUUUUUUAAAAAAAAAACUUCCUUCUAUGGCACUCAAACGAAUUUUCAUUUCUUCUAUGGCCUUUCGUCUAUUUUCAGCACUUAACAGUGUUAAGUGGAGGAUAAAAAGACUAUAAUGCUCCUGACAUGCGCAAAAUUUGGUUUAUUUCUUGUAUAAAUGAAAUUUUGUUUUGAGCACAUAUUGUAUGUGAUGCUGUCCAAAUAUUUACUGUGAUCCAAAUAUGUACUGUUAUAAUGUCUAAAUUGUCAAUUUAUUUGUUUAAUAUUACUCAAAGUCAAAUAUACAAGAAACAAACCAAACUUUGCGAUUUUUUUUCACGCCAGGGGCAUUAUGGUAUUUUUACUCUCCACUUAACAUCGUUAAGUGCUGAAAAUGGACAAAAGGCCAUAGAAUGAAUUAAAGUUCGUUUGAGGGCUAUAGAAGGAAGUUCAAAAAAAAAUUAUAUAAGGAAAAGACAUUUUUUUAGGGUCAUACAAGUAAAUCUCUCGAGUAAGAAUGUGCAUGUGUUCUUGUGUGUGUGUGUGUGUGUCAGUUGAACACUA